UUGAAGAUAAGAGUUACUUCGGCUUCUUUCCAUCUGGUCAUGUACCUGAACUUCGUCUUUCCUUCCAGAACACACAGAAGCAAAACUUCUUGUACCCAUGACUGCAUUCAUGACCAACAAGCUUCUACAACCCGCAACCCCAUCCUUCCAAGUGGUUCCUCCAAUAUCCUGAAUCAUUCAAAAGAUGUUAUAUCUUACAAAGCCAUCACAGCCACACAUUUUAGGAUAAGGAGCAUAAGAUCUGCUGAAUGCUCAUCUGGGGUUAGACCAAGUUACACCAUCAAAGUUGCAGAACACAACCCUAGCUUGGUUGGUGAGGAGAAAGAGAUACAGGAACAAAAAGAACCAUCAAAUCGGAAUACUCUUCUCCAGCUUAAAACAGACCUCUACAAGGCACUCAAUGGUAUCAAUAGAGGGAUUUUUGGAGUACCAUCUGCGAAGAAAUCUGAGAUUGAAGGCCUGGUGAAGCAGCUGGAAUCUCAGAACCCAACUCCAGAACCUACCCUGAAUCUAGACAAGGUGGAUGGCUGCUGGAAGCUUGUUUAUGGUACAAUUACAAUCUUGGGUUCAAAAAGAACAAAGCUAGGAUUGAGAGACUUUAUCUCCUUGGGAGAUUUUCUCCAGACCAUUGAUGUCCAAAAGAGCAAAGCAGUUAAUGUGAUAAAGUUCAAUGCCAGAGGAUUGAAUUUCCUAAAUGGAAAGCUGACAGUUGAAGCUUCCUUCAAAAUUGCAUCAAAAUCAAAAGUGGAUAUAAGUUAUGAUAGCUCAACAAUCACACCUGACCAGGUAAGCUGCAUUUCAGUGCACCAAUCGACAUAAAGGCAAGUAUUUGUUUUUCUUACUUCAAAGUUUCAUUUGGCCAGUUGAUGAACAUGUUCAAGAAAAAUUAUGAUCUUUUGCUUGCAAUCUUUAAUCCAGAAGGUUGGCUUGAGAUCACGUAUCCUUUUGAUAUAGUAUACCACUACUUCUAUUGUUUCAUAGAAAAGGAAAGUAAGAAAUGUUCUUAAUUUCCACAAGAGAAUGACACUGGAAUGGUGAAGAAUGCGUUGGUUCCUUGAUUUGGCUACUUCAGAUAUAUUGAUGAUGACAUGAGGAUAGGGAGAGAUAACAAAGGCAACACCUUCAUAUUGGAAAGAUCAGAAGAAGAAGAAGAAGUGCGCUAACCAUGGUUCUUGACACAAAUUUAAGAACUUCAAAAAAUCUUAUUAUAAAGAUAAGGAAUUUGACCUGAAAUCUGUCUAGAAUUUCAGCUUGUCUUUUUACCAUGGAUAUGAUACUACUUAUAAGCACAAGGACAUUUUUUUGAGUUAG